CUGCACCUGUUCCUGUCUGUUAUGAAAACUGUGACAUAGAUGCAAUUCCUUUCUCAAAUCAAACAAUGGCUGAUUCUUUGGACCGUGAUGCAAGUAUUGUUAUAGCCUGUAACACGGGCUACUCUACCGGAAUGAGCAUUCUAACAGAGCUCACGUGUGAUAACGGGACACUUUCUGCACCUCUUCCUGUCUGUUAUGAAAACUGUGACAUAGAGGCAAUUCCUUUUUCAAAUCAAACAAUGGCUGAUUCUUUGGACCAUGAUUCAAGUAUUGUUAUAGCCUGUAACAUGGGCUACUCUGCCGGUAUGGACAAUCUAACAGAGGUCAUUUGUUAUAACGGGACCCUUUCUACACCUAUUUCUGUCUGUUAUGAUAUCAACGAAUGUACAUCGGGCAUCGAUGGCUGUGACGUAAACGCCCGGUGUGUGAACAACAUAGGAAGUUAUACCUGUGAAUGCCAAGAUGGAUAUGAUGGCAAUGGACUUUCUUGCAAUGAGCGUAUUUACAUCGAUUAUGGAUCCGGGUUUGACCGGUCACUAGAAUAUGUUCAAUCCAGCGAUCUAGCGUGGUUUACUGUAAGACUGGAUACAGGGUUUCCUAUCAGCUAUGGUCAACUAUACACCUACAUAAGUUGUACAUCAACGGGCAUGAUUCAUUUUUCGAACUACUAUCCACAUAGCUAUAACCUGUACAAGUACAUCAACCCGUCCUUAUAUAACCUUUAUGAUAUCUACCGCGAUCCAUCUAUUGCGGUAUUUGGUUCACCGGUCGACCUUUACCGCGGCAAUCCAAGGAUCUAUUAUCAGGUAUACGACAUCAACAGAGGAUAUGAAAAUUCAGCUGCUCUACUUGCAGCGAUACAAGAAAGACUGUAUGCAUCUUUGUCCCUUCCGGCAGGGUUAGAGUCCUUCCGGUUCAUCAAUGGAAUCAACUUCAUUUGCAAGGUCACGUGGGAAAAUUUGCAACCUCAGGGGUCGGUGCCAGGACAGGAGACUGUAACCUACCAAGCUGUUCUCUUCACUGACGGAAGAAGAAGUGGUGUACUGACAAUGUACCAGCGAGGCAGUUUCAACUGGAAUCCGAUCUCUAAGUCAGUACCGGCUAGAAUCGGUGUCAGCACCAGGCAUAAUUGGUAUAACGCCUAUGAAGGAAACUCUCUAGCUGUAAUGUAUGAAAGCUAUCGUCCUGAUCUUAGAGUUGGCAACACUGGUCUGCUGGGCCGAGACAUCUACCGUCUUGAUUCGAACCCUGACUGGUACAUCAACCCACGCCGAUACUGUCAAGAUUGGUACAGCGAUGAUCUGAGCAGGCCAUCCUGGGCACCGUGGGCAGAGCCGUGUCCCUGUACUCGCUGGCAGGCCCAGAUUGAUGGAAGGUUUACUCGCUGCAACUACCCAAUCUACGGCUACGGUUAUGGCUACGGGUAUGGCUACGGGUAUGGCUACGGUUAUGGCUACGGAUACGGUUACGGCUCUGUGGGACUUCCUAGUUAUUAUUUCGACAGAAGAGCGACUACCUGUUAUCAGCCUCGAUGGCCCAGAUUUGGAGGUGGAUACAGAUGUACCUAUGAGUUCUCUGCUUUGAUCAGGGGCUAUAGAAGUCUUUGGCGGUCCAGCCACUACCAAGCAGUCAUGCCACCGAACGCUAGAUUCUUCUCAUUCUUCUAUUACUCCCUUAGUUACUAUUAUGCAUGGAUUGAGAGAGAUGUCUUACCCCGUUUCUACUGCUGUGGACUUGCUGGUGGAAAUUUCUGUAGUCUUUACGAGCGACGUCGUCCACGUGCUCACUGCUUUGGUUACAGACGACCAUGGUUGGGAUGGUUUUGGGGUGACCCGCAUAUCAAUACUCUCGAUGGGAGGAAAUACACCUUCAACGGCCUGGGUGAAUACAUUACGUUAUCUUACAGUCACGGUGAUCCAUUCGUUUUACAAUCAAGAACUGGCAAGGCUUUUAACAACAGUGAACCCGUUGAACACGGAACGGUCUUCAUUGGGUUCGCUGCUACACAAGAUAUCACAAAGGUCGAGUUCCAGCUGAACGACAACAGGACAGAAAUGAGUAUUCUCGUUAAUGGUUCCUCCAUUAAUAUGACAGACUUCCUAAAUGAUGGAUAUGACUCGCAGGAUCCGACUUUCAUCUUAUCCUCGGAUAAUGAGACCGAAUCCGAGGAUGAGAUCAAGGCCACAGCUCUCUUUCAACCAGAAGGCUAUUCGAGUACGUCCUUCACAGUGAACUUUAAGAAUGGGAUCUUGGAUAUAAGCGUCAUGGUUCCGCCUGAGUAUUCUGAGAACGCAACAGGGAGGGGUCUGCUUGGUAAUGUCAAUGGAAAUAGAUCGGAUGAUUUUCUUUUACGGAAUGGAACGUUACUUACCGAUCAACCCGGGAGAAAUUUAACAGAAGAAGAAAUAUUCCAAUUUGGACAAUCAUGGAUGAUUACGGAGAACGAGUCGCUGUUUGAAUACGGUGAUAGGGACUGGAAUUACUAUAACCCAAGUAACUACACACCAAUGUUCUUAGACGCCCUGCUCGCCCUCGACCCAGACAGGACCAGUAAGGCCCGGCAGACUUGCGGGGAUGACGAAGCAUGCCUCUUCGACUUCCUCGCCGUCAACCCCGAAUUGGGAAUGCAGACGAUGGACACCGGUAACCAACUUGACAACGAUCUUCUAAACCUUGAUAACUUCCCUCCGAAUAUAACAAGUGUGACAGAGCUGACAGAAACAGAUGGACUUCAAGAGGAUAAUGUUCUUUUUGUGCAAGUGGGCGUGAAUAUUACCUUAGAGAUUACUGCACAGGACCCUAACAAUGAUGAUGACGUAUAUUUCACUUUCAACGAUACAACUCCAGAUGGCGCCAAUAUCAGUUCAGAUGGCAUAUUCACCUGGACACCCACUGACCUGAACGUCUCCUCCAUCGAGAUCAUCGCCAUGGACAACCGAGGCGCGGAGACCUCUUUGUCGUACAAGGUCCUCAUCUGCCACUGCGAGAACGAUGGAGAGUGUGACUUCGAGAGCCAGGCCGAGGGACAGGACCUCAAUGCUAAUGGCUUUGCUGUGGUCACGUGCAAUUGCACUGAAGGAUGGUCAGGUGAGCACUGUGACGUAGACUAUGAUGCAUGUGAGGGUAGCGGGCCUUGUCAUGAGGGGGUUAUCUGCUACGAUGAGCCUCCAUCUUCAGAUCAAGAAUACAGAUGCGGGCCAUGCCCUCCUCAACUAACAGGAGACGGGAGUAAUUGCUUCGACUUCAACGAAUGUGCUGAAAAUGACACCAACGAAUGUGACCAGAUUUGUGAAAAUGAAUUGGGUUCCUACACAUGCUCUUGUGAACCGGGCUACAGGCUUGGCCUUGAUCAACGUUCCUGUACUGAGAUAUUCUGUACUGAAGAAUUGAUGAAUUCCACGGGAUCUGAAAACUGUACUUGCGAGCCAGGCUUUGAACUCAUAAAUGGAUCAUGUAUAGAUUUUAAUGAAUGUCUAGCUGCUGUCGACCAGUGCCCGCCUGAUAUAUCUACUUGCAACAACAUACCAGGAGAUUAUAAUUGUACUUGCCAUUCAGGAUACGAAAACAUGUCUCCAAAAGAGUGUCAAGAUAUUGACGAAUGUGAACGUGACUUGGAUAAAUGCAACAGGACUGAAUUCAACUGUGUGAACUUUCUGAGUAACUUCUCAUGCGUGUGCAAGGAUAAUACAACAGAAAUCAAUGGAGUUUGUCUAGGUGCAUUGACGCUGUCAUUCAACGUUCGUUUUUCGUUUAUCAAUGGGCUUAGCACUGUUAGCUACCCGGAG